UUAAAAAAAAGUUAGUUAAACAUUGCCCAAUCCCCAAAGCAAUCCCCUCGCUGCCCCCGGUCGCUCCCAUGAGCACGCCUCGCCGUUGCCGCAUCUCGCCGGCGGCGUAGACAACGCCAUUCUCCCCGCCGACUAGUUGAUCUGCCCCAGACUAGUCCUCCCAACCGACCAAAUCACCCAUCAAAAAAACACCGGGAGGAGUUGCGCUGCUAAGCCUACCAUGAGCACGAGAGGGGAGAUGUCUACCCCUGGCUGCCGCCGCACCUCCCCGCCGCCUGCCUCUCUGCCAGACGACGACGACAUGCUUCGGGAGGUUCUCCUCCGCCUGCCCCCGCGGCCUUCCUCCCUGCCCCGGGCCUCCCUCGUCUGCAAGCGUUGGCGCAGCCUCGUCGCCGAUCCCCAAUUCCAGUGCCGCUUCCGCGACCACCACGGCAAGCCUCCUCUCCUUGGCUUCUUCCUCGAUUCCCGUCCGUUUGUUCCGAUUCUGGAUCCACCAGACCGCAUCCCCGAAGCUCGCUUCUCCAUGCCUCCCCUCGAGAGCUACCGCAUCAUCGACUGUCGCGACGGGCUCGUCCUUUUCCUCGCCCACAGGAUGAUGCGCCGCUUGGUUUUAUGGAACCCCGUCGCUCGCGAGCAGCGCCGGCUGAUCUUCCCGCCGGAGCUGGACAACGCCCAGAUGUUCUUCUUCAACGGGGCGGUGCGUCGCCCUGCCCGCCGCCAAGGAUGGCAUUUCCAGGUGGCCCUCAUAGCCCGUGACACACUAUGCACAAGAGUUUCGGUAUGGCUUUACUCAUCAGAGACCGGGGCAUGGGGCAACAUCAACUCACUGCAGCUGCAAUCGAUUCAGUCUAUGCCACAGCCCAGCACUUUGAUUGGGAAUUCCUUUUGCUGGUUAUUUACCGUGGGUCAUGGCUGUGUCAUACUUGAGUUUGAUCUUGAUAGGCAGAGCCUAGCUGUGACAGAGCUGCCACCACACACAGAUAUGGAAGCCGACUUUCACAAGUUAUGGAUUAUGCCCUCCCAGGGUGGUGGGCUUGGCUUCAUCCAUCUCUCACAAUUCCACGCCCAAUUAUGGAAGAGAGAGCCUGAUUCUGAUGGUUUUCCUGUAUGGGUGCCCGACAGAGCUGUUGAAUUCGGGGAACUUAGAUCAACUUGCAAGGGCGACUUCCUCACUUUGGUUGGGUUUGACGAGGAGAGUAAUGCAAUCCUUGUGCUGACAGCUUCUGGUGUCUUCAUGGUCUACCUCCAGUCAAUGGAGUUCAAGAAACUUUCUGAUCCAAAGUCCUUCUGUCACCAUUAUCCAUUUGCAUGUUUCUAUCCUGCAGGUACUGGCAUUGUUGAUGGACAUGAUGGAAAUGAAGUCCUGAACAAUAUGUGAGAUGGUUGUUUGGUGAGACAUGCUAGUAUGAUGUGAUGACUGAAAGGGUGACGUAACUUUAUCUCCUAGACAUGUCCAUUACGACAUCUAUGCUAUUUUACAAUUUAUUGCUGCAUGGGCUUGGCUGAUGAUGUUUUCUUAUGAAAGUAUUAACUCCAUUUGUAAUUUGUAAGGCAUCUGGUACUUUGCCUAAAUAAUCGAGAACUAUAUAUACCGGAACAUGAGUAAUUCAGAAUCCUAGUUAGUACAGUUCACGUUA